CUGUAAACUAAAACUAUAGGUGCAAUUAAAUUGAACGUGUCGGCUUUUAACAAAAUUUGGUCGAAACUAGACAACUUAGUUAAGAUUGAGAAUUGUGCUACAUACCUUUUGCUUUAGAUGGAUGUGUUUAUAGUUAAGAUUUACCAAUAAUACUUUUACGUACUUAGAUAUUGUACACCAACAGUGGUACUUUUAGGUUAGGCAUUGAUUUUAAGAGAAAAUGAAUACAAAUAGACCGUGGAUGAAUAAUAAACGUGAUCGCAAUAUGCGAGGAGGUUUUAGAGGUGGCCGAGGAGGGCCAAGAGGUUGGUCCGGAAAUCAGAGAGGUUUUAAAAGUUCGUGGGGUAGCUUUGACGGUCCCAGUACUGGCAAUAAAUUCCAAAAUAAUUACGCCCCCAAUAAGGGUCAGUGGAAAAAGCGAGAUACUCCCGGGAAGCGGCUCUCUGAAGAAGAUAUCGGUGUUACAGAGUAUGUUAGUAAACAUGAAGGAUUUAAUGGAAUUAUUAAGUCAAGAUAUUCUGACUUUCAAGUAUCAGAAAUAAAUGAGCAGGGUGAGAUAGCUAAACUGACAUGUUUAAAGCCGCCGCCGGCCCCGGAAGAGGAGGCUGUGAGUGAAGAUGAGGACCUGCUCCUCUCCAAGUAUAACUUAGAGAUCCUACCCAUGGAAACUUGGGAUAAGAUUAAUACACUAGCUGUUAGCAAAGAUCCUGAGCCUGACUGUGUAGAGAUUGAUAUGGAAGGAGUGACAAAGGAACAGAGAACCAAGAUACAUGAUGCUGUGAAGAAAGCAUUCGGCGACAGCAUCGUUGGCAGCACUGUUAAUAUUGAAGACAAAAAACUGAUGCGCUUCCAGAAGUUUAAAAAAGGCGUACGCAUAGACAACAGAGUCAAGUGGACCUGGCCGGCUGAAUAUGUGCACUUCAUCGUGCACAAGGAGAACUGUGAUACAAUGGAUGCGGCUAUGCGUAUUGCAGAUCGAAUAGGGGUGCAUGUGAAGCCGUCGAUGUUGGGUUACGCCGGUACGAAGGACCGUCGCGCUAAAACGUCGCAGUGGUUCAGCGCUCGACGACUGGAUCCGCGGCGCUUUGUAGCGGCCACUCGGUACCUUAAAGACAUACACGUCGGGAAUUUCACCUUCAAGAACACCAACUUGAAGUUGGGCAUGCUUCAGGGCAACAGGUUCCGCAUUGCACUCCGCAAUGUAACCGCUUCAGAUGAGGUGGUGAAUACUGCUUGCAAGGACUUGCAGGAACAUGGUUUUAUCAAUUAUUACGGUCUCCAGCGCUUUGGGACUCGAGUCGAUAUACCUACAUAUAAUAUUGGCUUGAAAUUGUUGCAAGGAAAUUUCAAAGAAGUAAGUUUUUUUUUCUUUUUCUUCUACGGGCCCGAGGCGCGCGUGGUGCGUGCGCUGUGCGCGGCGCCCAACGACGCGGUGGGCGCGCUGGGCCAGCUGCCGCGCAACACGCGCCUGCUGUACCUGCACUCCUACCAGUCGCUGCUGUGGAACCGAGCCGUCUCCGAGCGACUGCGCCGGCACGGACUCGCGCCCGCCGUCGGAGAUCUCGUGCCGCUCGCCAAUAUUGACAAAGAAGAUGAAUUCGAAGAUGAAGAUUCAGAUGCAGAAGAGAAUGAAGCUGAUGGUAAAAAUGAUAAGCAACAAGCAAAUAACAGUCAAAAUGACAUUAAGACUGAGAAGCAAAGUAUCAAAAAAGAAAGGACAUCAUCGCAAUCAGAACAAAGCAGUGUCAAAGACAAGGAAAAAGACAAAAAGAAUUCGUCUAAGGACGAGGAAAAGCCAAAAGUACCAGUAAAGGUUUUGACUCAAGAGGAUGUAGACAGUGGGAAAUAUACCAUGGCCGAUGUCGUGAUGCCCCUGCCCGGGUACUCGGUGGACUACCCGCCUAAUAUGCUAGACUAUUAUGAGCAGCUACUCAGUGAUGCUGGUCUAACUUUAGACAUGAAGCAUAAGAUCAAGAGCUACCGUCUGUGCGGCGCGUACCGUCGCGUGGUGGUCCGUCCGCGUGACGUCACGUGGCGCGCCGUGCGGUACUCCGACCCCUUCGCGGACCUCAUCGCCUCCGACCUCGACCAACUCAACAACAAGACCAUCGACGCCAUCAGAGACGAUGGAAAAUACAGAGCUCUUCUACUAAACAUGACUCUGCCCGCAAGUUGUUACGCGACAAUGGCAUUGAGAGAGUUACUCAAAGUAGACACUUCGAGUGAUAACCAGGCUUCUCAGAAUAAUUAUCAUAAAUCUCGUAAGAGUUCGACUACUGAGGAAAAUGAGGGAGAAGAGAAAAAGAAGAAGGAAGCUGACAGCCCGGAGAAGGCAAAAGGAGCUGACACCGCAGAGAAAACAAAAGAAGCUGAUAGUGCAGAGAAAGAAAGAGCUAACGGCUCGGAGAAAGUAAAGGUGGAACAUGACAGUGAAGUCAAAUUGGAGAUUGAGGCUGAAAGUGGAGAGAAACGUAAGAUGUUGAGUGAGAGUGAGCAGACAGAAGAUGUUAAGAGACAGAAAGUUGACAAAUAAAUAAAAGAGUUUUUAUUUUAAUGUUGAAA